GACGGCUUUACUGAGUGCUCGGUUCCUUCUGCCUCCGCCAGGCUCACCGUGCUCCCCUGAGCCGUCUGGGCGUCUUCCGGCCAUCCGGACUAGACAGUGAUCCUCCUUCCUGGCCUCCAGUCCCACUUCAGGAAACACCCCAGGGAUGACCGGGAAGGGGCGCUGCCCUCAGAAUUAUCCCUUAGAAGGAUGAGUGUUUGUGGAGGUUGCCCUUAUGAAGACGGGAAAUGUCGCUUUAAAUGUGUUAAAGGUUUAUUCAGUCCCCUGUAUCAGAGCCUAUAGUUGGCGCUGAUGCUGGUCCGCCAGCGGGCUGAGGGAGCAUGAGCCAUUUGCAGAACUUACUGUUAGAUACCCUCCUGGGAACAAAGCAUGUGGACAGUGCAGCCCUCAUCAAACUCCAGGAGCGAAGCUUGAGUGUAGCAUCACCAGGAUUUAGUGUAAUGCCCAGUGAUGUCCGAACUCUUGUGAAUGGAUUCGCCAAGAACCCUUUGCAAACCAGAAGAGAAGGACUGUAUUUCAAGGAAAAGGACUACAAAUGUGUCCGGGCAGAUGACUAUUCUCUUUAUGCUAAGAAUGAAAACACUGGUGUGGUUGUUGUGAAGACCCAUCUGUAUCUUCUGGUGGCAACUUACACUGAAGGCAUGUAUCCUAGUGUUUGUGUGGAAGCCACAGAGAAACUGGGAGAAUAUCUAAGAAGAAAAGGAAAUUAAGUCAUCAAAGGACCAUGAAAAACAGCUUUUGUUAUUAUAGGAAAUCAAUUCUAAAGAAAAAGUAAUGCCUUAUUUUGUGAUUGUAAAACACUAGGAAGAAGGUACCAAAAAGGAAGAAUGAGUUAAGGGAGCGAUUUUUCUUAUUUCAAGAGAUCUCUUCUUUAAUUAGAAUUCUUUGAUAAGCUUUA